UGACUGUCGUGUCGGCUUCCGUUGUAGACAGCAAGCUAAUCGUCUGUCUUUGGAAAGAUGUCGGGCAACAAUGUGGGUGAGAAAGUUGACGCUAAUACAGUAAAUAGCAAAAACAUUUCUCUUCCUAUGUCACGAGUAAAAUUGAUCAUGAAGAGUUCUCCAGACGUUUCCAGCAUUAAUCAAGAUGCUCUUUUCUUAACUACGAAAGCGACGGAACUUUUUGUUCAACAUUUGGCGCAAUGUUCCUUUAAAAAAGGCGCGGGAAGAGAGAAAAACACUUUGGCGUAUAGUGAUCUUGCCCAUGUUGCAGAGGAGACGGAGACGUUUCAGUUUCUCACUGAUAUCUUGCCAAAAAAGAUUCUGGCAAGAGACUACCUGAGGUCCUUAGAGGAGAGGGGAGAAGAUGGGGAUGAUUAGCUCUGAGGAUGCAGACUAUGCAAGAACAGGGUGUCCUGUAGCUUCGCCUGGACCUCCACACUCCAGUUGACUUCAUGGUCCACAUGCAAUGUAACCCAAGGUUUCAUGUCAGUUCAACCAGAAAGCUCCUAAACAGGAUUUGUCAGCUGUUAGACAAAUCGUGAGACCUCCUCAGGGUAACCUGUUCUCUUCUGCCAUGCCUUUGAUGACUGCACAGGUCUUUUUGUUCAGUCAAUGACAUUUUAUUUGUCAGUUGACUAGGUCAGUGAACCAGUUUCAGGGGUAGAUUCAACCACAGAAUCAAUAUAUUGUAACGCAGGAGGCAAAGUCAACUAAGUUUGGUUCCAUUGUGCCGUCGUGGUAAGGGAAAAAAUGUAUUUCUAACAGCCAAACAUGACCCAGGUGAUAGAUCCCAGUCACACACGUGCUGCCAAAGAACAUAAAUGCCCUCACCUUGGGCCUAUCAACUUCCGUGUACAUUUUAUUUUCUGUAAUUUGUUAACUCACAGCUUCAAAAUGCAUAUCUAUAGUCCCUGAGUGUUUCUGUAGUCAGUCUGCUGGCGCAUUUACAUGAGCUUAAAAUGGAGGACAAUGUAGCAACCAGUUCAGUUUUGCACUAAAUGUGGAAUUGAACCACUCAGGUAAAUGUUUUCUUUUAUUUAUUUUUUUUUUAAAGUAGGCAACCACUCACUUUUAGGGAGUAACAUUUUUCACAUUCCUGGUCAAUGGGGUUCUGAAGGUACAGAUGACAACUGUUACUAACACUGAUAGACUCCAGGGUAUGAUGGCAGUUGUGUGUGAUUGCAUCAACCUUCGUCACACUGUGCUGUUGCCAGAGUAUCUUUGUGAAGUUUAACCCAAACUGCGCUCACCUGCAGUAUGCCUAUAACAAGAAACUGAGAUGAAGUAAUCCGAGUGACUUGGACGUGUAAUGUGUGGUGAUUGAAAGAAGUGUGUUUUAAUUCCCUCCUUGAACUUAAAUAAGUUUUAAUUGGUGGAAGAGUCUUGCAUAUUUUGUUGCGCUAAACUAAAAUUAUUUUAUAAGUUAUAUAAUUGAUUCACUGCAGCAUGUGUAUGUAAAUUACAGCACAUGUACAAGUUAAAUCUGAUUUCUGUUCAAUAUUUGUCAUUGUAAAAAAAAAAAUCUAAAACUGAAAAUGAGAUGCUUUUCUGAAUCAAAGACCAACUUGAAAAGAUCGAUGAACAUUGCCAGAGGAAUUAGAAAAUAUAUAAGAGAUGACUAUAGUAACGGUAGUCAAAUAUUACCAAAGAUAAGCAAAAUAAAUUAAUAUGUGAAACAUUAAAAAGUUGUACACAAGAACAAAAAGAUUGGAAAAUGACACUGAACAAUAUUUACAAGGUCAAUUUAAAGGUGAAAGUAAUUGUUUAACUUUGGUCUGGAGGAUUUUCAGUUUUAAUAUUCGAUGACUUCCAACAGGAGGGAUAGUUUGGACACACCUCACGGUUCUAUAGCUUUGAGCCCCCUCCCACCUGUGUUCAAAAUGAGUUUCUGUGUGUUAACUACUGAGAAGUUCACAAGCAGGGAAUAUGACUCGACUAUACUUUCCAGUCAGUCAGAAUGUUUCAUUUUCUAUUAGACAUCACGGAAUUCACAGUUACUUCCAUGUGGUUCUGUGAACGCGCAACAACUAAAAAGUCAUGUUGACAUCCUGUCUUUGUCCAGUGUAAGAAAUGUAUUGGGCUGUAAAUAUUUUUGCUAGAUGUGAAUUUCAGCAGUCUUGCCCCAAAUGUCUUUAUAGUAUUUUUUUGUAAAAUUUAGUUUUGUACCAAGAAAUAAACUGGGUUGUGGUGCA